UGGAGUAGACUAAGGCAGGCUCGAUCGGGCUCGAUAUUGGAAAGUUGUCAAUCAACUGGCAGGAUCGGCAGAUUGUGUCGGUGGUGAUUUGGAGUAUUAGGGUGUUGUAUUCAUGAUCAUUCAUGCUAUAAUACGAUACUUUUGACACGUUCCAAAAAUGCCACAUCAUGAAAAUGCAGCAUCAAAAACAAGAUUUGUACCAUGGUUUAAUAUGGCUGAAUGGGACCAAGCUUAUAAACAGAUUUAUUCAGAUGACACUGUGGCACAAGUGAAAGGUUUUGAACGUUUGCUUGUUUGGAAAGCAAGGUGUCCACAGGGGAUCCCAGCUGGGGCACAGUGCACAUUAGAUCUGAUCCAGAUAUGCCUGAAGGAUAGGGAGGUGUGGCCACAGAUUGCUGGCGGCUUACUGCCUCCCUACCAUGAACGUGAUCUGCGAUUUAUGUAUGCCAUGGCUGUUUUGCGGUUCCUAAACCAUCUAGCAACCCUGGCUAAAAAUAAACCUCACAGUUUGUACGAUAUGGCAGCCAAGUUACACAUUCCUGACUGGGUUGUCAAUAUACGCCAUGACACUUCACAUGGCCACAGUCUGCCAUCACUUUGCAUCCUGCGAGAAGCUGCUCAUUUCUGUCUGGAUUGGAUACAUGAACAUUAUUGGAAGAAUGAGGCAGAAAUGACAACAGACUGGAUUGCAGGUGAUGACACAGCUGACUACAAUGAAAUGGUUCAUCGUCUGAAAGAAAUUGUGGAAACAUGGCAGGCCAUCAUGCUGUAUUCCUCGGCAGGUCUUACAACGUUUGCUGAAAUUCCAGACUUAAAUUUACAGAAACAUCUCAUUGCUGAAAAAGAGAAAUACACCGCAAGAAGAAUGGAUGAAAUGCUGAAGAAACUGAGAUGUCGUGGAUAUACUUUACCAAAAACUGAGAUGGCUGAAGCACAGAUUCUCAUAAUCAAACAGCUGAAGGACUGCAUGGAAAUAAGUGGCAGGUUUGGGGACAGACAUGAGAUCCUGGUUAAUGUCUUGCUGGAAGGGGAUGGUUUCCUUGCUUCACCAGACUUCCUGUCCAUAUUCAGCAGUAAUCACAAUUCUUCAGGACUGACAUAUGAAAGCCUUCCAGCUACUUUCCGGAAUCUCUGGAAAACCAUGUUGAACUUUCUGUAUCAGAACAGAGUCAUUCCUUUACUGGUGGAAAAGCUCAUUCAUAAGUCAAGCUCUGAGAAUGAGAGCCAUCAUCGUUGCAAAAUGGCUGCUCUGUGGGUUAAAGAAUUGUUGCAGAGUCUCUAUAAAGUAAAGAAAACUGUAGAAAUGGUUCAGAACUGCAAAGAAGCAGAGAAAGUUAAAGUGUACAAAACCUUGAAACAAAAAUCAAAGAGAAAGCUGAAGAUAAAGCUUACUGUUUCACACAUACAUAAACAAAUGGUAAAGGAAGUUGAGAGACUAAACCCGAAUCUAAGGGAUGUGUUAUCAUUGAGAAUCCAGAAGCUGCCAAGAGGUCUGUCUGAACUGCAGUUCUUAGAAAAUGCCAUGCUGAAACCCAGCCCAUGCACAAGGAUGUUCCUUCCCUGUCUGAUGGAACUUGUGGAUCCUCCACUACCUGAAGAUACUAAAGAAAAGCUAACAACUUUGGUCAACAUUUAUACCCAAGAACUGCAUUUUUCAAAAGAAGAGAACACUGUAACAGACUCACAAGUCUACAUGCUUCAUAACUUGAAGGGGAAAUCUGCAAUGGUUCUGAAUGACUGUGUUGAAGAAAUGGACAUAGCAGAGGAUGUGAUUAGCAGCCAAGCAGGAGUUCUCUCUCCUGUGACACAGUCCCACUGGACUCGUUACAAAGGGCUUGAAGACUGGGGUAAAUGCCCACUUGGAAGACUGCCGUGGCAAAACGAAUGGUCUGCAUUGCAACUUGAACUUCCCUGUGACAGUGUGUGGCAACCAUGUAAACAACUAGACAACUACAGUACUGCAGAGAAGAAUCUACCUGGUUUCUUCCAUGAGAAGGUCAACUGGGAUGAAGUACUGUCAAAGCGACCAAUGCAGAACAAAUGGACGCACCAAGGACAUGAACAUACACAUGUAGUUGAAAGGGCUUUUGCUAUAAUAUCAAAUGUAGGGUAGCAUGAUUAUUGAGAUGCAGCACCUGAUAACCAACGUUUUGCAGGAACACACUGCCUCCAUCAUCUGGGUAGAGGAAGCAGACUGAUGCCUAUCUGUGAGACUGCAACACAUCAUGCCCCAGACAACCAUAAUCGUAUUAUUCACUGCCAUGACUUCUAACCUCAUAGAAGCUAGUGUGGUCAGUUCCUACAGCCACAAUGUGAAGAUUCUGAAAAUAAAGUUCAGGAUAACAAACUGG